ACCAGAAAGGAAAAUCUGGUCUUAACCAAACCAGACUCCCUCUUUCCUGUUUCCUUCUUCCUCUCCUCACUUUUCUAUAUAAUCGUAGCCACCACCUCCGUCUCUCCCCAACUUAGAGAGAGAAAAUUUCUAGUGAGAGAAAGUGAGUGAUAUCUAACAAAAUGCACAAGACAGGUUCAUCGUCGUCUCUGGGUCCGGGAGGCCUCGACAUUGCGCGAGCCUUCUUCACCCCAAUCGACAAAUCAGCCCCACCUUCACCCACCAAGCGCCACACCAAGAUCGCCGUCAUCGGAACCGGCAACGUCGGCAUGGCCAUAGCCCAGACCAUCCUCACCCAGGACUUGGCCGACGAGCUCGCCCUCGUUGACGCACUUCCCGACAAGCUCCGCGGCGAGAUGCUCGAUCUCCAGCACGCCGCCGCGUUCCUCCCCCGGACACGGAUCCUCGCCUCCGUCGACUACUCGGUCACCGCCGGAUCGGACCUCUGUAUCGUCACUGCUGGUGCUCGUCAGAUCGCCGGCGAGUCGAGGUUGAAUCUGAUACAGAGGAACCUUUCUCUGUUCUCGAAAAUCAUUCCGCAACUCGCGAAGCACUCGCCCGACUCGAUCUUGUUGAUCGUGUCCAAUCCGGUGGAUGUGUUGACUUAUGUUGCUUGGAAGCUUUCCGGGUUCCCACCGAAUCGGGUGAUUGGGUCGGGCACCAACCUGGACUCGUCCCGGUUUCGGUUUCUGCUUGCGGAUCAUCUUGAUGUCAAUGCUCAAGAUGUGCAGGCGUUCAUUGUGGGCGAGCACGGUGACAGCUCGGUGGCAUUGUGGUCGAGCAUAAGCGUUGGAGGAGUGCCGGUGCUGAGCUUCUUGGAUAGGCAGCAAAUCCCAUACGAGGAGGAAAAACUAGAGAACAUUCGCAAAGAAGUUGUACAGAGUGCCUAUGAAGUGAUUAGUCUCAAAGGUUACACGUCCUGGGCAAUCGGGUACUCGGCGGCUAACCUGGCUCGGAGCAUACUGAGGGACCAGAGGAAGAUCCACCCGGUGUCGGUGCUUGCGAAGGGGUUCUAUGGAAUUGAUGGCGGGGAUGUGUUCCUGAGCCUACCAGCACAGAUUGGGAGGAGUGGGAUUUUGGGUGUCACCAACAUACAUCUUACUGAGAUGGAGGCACAAAAGCUUAGGGACUCGGCUAAGGCUAUCCUGGAGGUGCAAAGCCAGUUGGGGUUGUGAAUGGACGGUGGAUGAUUUGGUUUAGAAUUCUGCAUUUUUUUUCUUUUUCAUUUGUCUUUGGAUGGUUCGUUAAUUUUCAAUUACUGGCUCCUUUUUGUAAGUAAACCUUUAAAUAACUAAUUUAUUCUUAUGAGUAUGAGCCAUGAGGAUCAAAUUUUCACUUAAAA